UACCCGUAGACGUCAAUUUUCUCCACAUUUUUGGCAGCAGCCCCCGCGAGAUAAACAGGAGGCUUUGGCGAACAAGCGCCUGUCUUGCGAGCGAUUGACGUAAAGCAGAAACUGUUUUAUGCUCUUCUCUUCCCUAAAUGAUAGGGAGGCUUCGUAGCCCCGAGGAAAACACUAAUUGCUUAAUAGAUCUGCAGUUCAGUCCUGUCAAUCAAAUACACAGCAAGCGAUGGCGACCAGUGCCAAGAGACCAUCCCUGCAGGGUCCGGUGGCCCCUCCUCGCAAGAAGACAUCCCCCAAGCCGGAGCUGACCGAGGAGCAGAGGCAGGAGAUCAGGGAGGCCUUUGAGCUGUUCGACACAGAUGGCUCUGGAUACAUUGAUGUCAAAGAGCUCAAGGUUGCGAUGAGAGCUCUGGGGUUCGAACCAAAGAAAGAGGAGAUCAAGAAGAUGAUUGGGGAAGUGGAUAAGGAUGGCACGGGGAAGAUCUCCUUUGCCGACUUCCUUACUGUCAUGACACAGAAAAUGGCGGAGAAAGACUCCAAAGAGGAGAUCCUGAAAGCUUUCCGCCUGUUUGAUGACGACGAGACAGGCAAGAUCUCCUUCAAGAAUCUGAAGAGAGUAGCCAAAGAGCUGGGAGAGAACCUGACAGAUGAAGAGCUGCAGGAAAUGAUAGAUGAAGCAGACAGGGAUGGAGAUGGAGAAGUCAACCAGCAGGAGUUCCUGCGCAUUAUGAAGAAAACCUGCCUGUACUGAAGGAGUUGCAUGACAUUAGGGUUGGUGGUACAGUGUCGAGAGGACCAGAGGCGGUUUUUACAUGUAAUGCUGCUCAUAUGUCCAGUUCUAUUUCAAAAUUCCCCUGUCCGGAUUAUCAUGUCGUGCCAUACACUUUAAAAGGUUUGACUGUCACAUACUUCAAUGAACGACUUGAACCAGUGAUCUACAUUACAUUUGCCAAAAACAGUAAGAGAAUGCCCUCUUCCUAGUUGGAAAUGCUGCAUACUUUUAUGAAGAAUACAUUGAUCAUAUUAAUAAUAAUGUGUAGGUUAUUUGUCAAGAAAUUCUCAGUGCCUGCCUCAAUACGGUGAUAAACACAGUACAUUCCAAUGAUUGAUUGAUUGAUUGAUUGUACAGUCUGUGCAUUAAGCUUCAUCCAUCUGUACGACGCUUGUUUUAUACUGGCUACUCCUGCGUUUCCUCGUUUGUAAUGUGAGCAGUUGGUUAAGCGCUGAUGAGUGGGGCGUGCUGUCUGACCUCAGUGCGGCCUGUGGAUUUGUGCCUGUGCCUCUUCAAGGGGUGAUCAUCACAAUCAGGGAAGCUGCCCAACCUCUCUAACCUGCACACCUUCCCCACAAGUCCCAUUAUCUUUAAAAUAUGGUUGAUUGAUGAUGUAUUUUCUUGUAGCAUUAAGUAUUUAUCCUUCUGUUGUGUAUAUUUACUCCUCUGUAUUCUUGAACGUUUUGUAUGAUAUAUGGUGAAUUACUAGGUAGAUAUAAAGCAUAUUAGUGUU